GCAGAUACAUAACUACAUUUAAAUCAAGAUGUCUUCUACCAAAUUAAGAAUUCUUGUUCCUGUAAAGAGAGUAAUUGACUUUGCCAUUAAGCCAAGAAUCAAUAAGGCACAAACUGGAGUAGAGACCAAGGGUGUCAAGUUCAGUAUAAAUCCAUUUUGUGAUAUUGCUUUGGAAGAAUCUGUUCGAAUCAAAGAAAACAGCAAAGAUUUAGUUGAAAAGAUCCACGCUGUUUCAAUUGGUCCUUCUAAGGCUAAGGAUGUUUUGCGAACUGCAUUGGCUAAAGGUGCUGACACUAGUACAUUAGUUGAUGUUGGUGAACAAGAAGUUGAACCAUUGCAAGUUGCAAAGAUGUUGAAAAAAUUGGUUGAAAGAGAAAAUUCUAAUUUGGUUAUCUUGGGUAAACAAGCUAUUGAUGAUGACUCUAACCAAACUGGUCAAAUUUUGGCUGGGUUAUUAAAAUGGCCCCAGGCUACCAAUGCUUUCAAAGUUGAACUUGAUGGAGAAUCUGUAGCUGUUACUCGUGAAGUUGAUGAAGGGGUUGAAACAGUCAAGGCCAAGCUCCCAUUGAUUAUAACUACUGAUUUAAGAUUGAAUGAACCAAGAUACGCCUCAUUACAAAAUAUCAUGAAGGCUAAGAAGAAACCUUUGGAAACUUUGAAGGCUGCCGAUUUAGGAAUUGAAAUUGAAAACAGAUUAGAAACAUUAAAGGUUGAAGAACCACCAGCAAGAAGUGCUGGUGUUAAAGUGGAAACUGUUGACGAAUUGAUUUCAAAACUUAAAGAAUUAAAAGCUAUCUAAGUGUAUAGGCUUUUUAUUUUUUUGUAAAUAUGAGAAUUUUUAUUUUUUUACUCCACUUUUAAUUAACAAUCAACAAUCAACAACUAGCACCAUCAUGACCUCUCUUGACCUUUCAAUUGGAUUUAUUUCUAAAGAAAUUGAUUCGUGUGACUUUCUGAAUGUUAAUAAGCCAAUAGUAGUUGGUAUCAGUGGACCUCAAGGAUCGGGAAAGUCAUACCUAGCUAAUCACUUGACAGCUGCCUUGCAGAAAUCAUACCCUCAUUUGAACAUUAUUCACUUCCUGAUGGAUGAUUUAUACCUAACCAAGAAAGAUCAAGAUGAAGUCACAAAAGCGUCAAUUGAAUCAGAAAACAAACUAUUGCAAGGCAGAGGUUUACCUGGAACUCAUGAUUUACCAUUAGCACUACAAAUUUUUCAUGCCUUAAUUAACAAUUAUUCUGUAUCACCUUGGAAGUCAGUUGAAAUUCCAUUCUAUGAUAAAACUGCUUAUCAUGGACUUGGAGAUAGAGCAGAUAAAUCUCAAUGGCAAAUAAUUGAUACACCAGCUGAUGUGAUUAUAUUUGAAGGGUGGUUUAACGGAUUUGUCCCUCUCGGUCGAGAACAAGUUGACGCUACUUAUUUUACUUCGGAAGUUGGUGGUGUCUUACAAAAGUCACGUUAUUACCAUAUUCAGGAAAUCAAUGAUAACUUGCAACCCUAUACUAAAUUAUGGUCGUUUUUUGACAAAUUUAUUGUAUUGUGUACUAAUUCUAUUGACAACGUUUAUACUUGGCGUUUGCAACAAGAAAAAGAAUUGAUUAAACAAAAAGGUUCAGGAAUGACUGAUGAACAAGUUGAAAAGUUUGUUGACAGAUAUAUGCCGAUGUAUAUUUUAUACUAUGAGCAUUUAUGCUCUAAUGGAUUGGACCAUUGUUCCAAUUUGAAGAUUUCUAUAGACUUAAAUAGAAACGUUGUAGAGACACGCCAGUGCUAGUUUGUUUACAACCAAAAAUAUCAAU